AGGAUGGCAGAAGCUCCACCGCCCAACUCCACCUCCCCAUGCCCAGCCUUCUUCCUACUGACUGGCAUUCCAGGCCUAGGGGCUGCCCAGGCCUGGCUGACACUGGUCUUUGGGCCCAUGUAUCUGCUGGCAAUGCUGGGCAAUGGAGCAUUGCUGGCAGUGGUGCAGGUAGAUUCCACACUGCACCAGCCCAUGUUUCUGCUCCUGGCCACACUGGCAGCCACAGACCUGGGCUUAGCCACAUCAAUAGCCCCAGGGUUGCUGGCUGUGCUGUGGCUCGGGCCCCGCCUUGUGCCAUAUGCUGCCUGCCUGGUCCAGAUGUUCUUUGUCCAUGCACUGACGGCCGUGGAAUCUGGUGUACUACUGGCCAUGGCCUGUGAUCGUGCUGUGGCAGUAGGGCGUCCACUGCACUACCCUAUCCUAGUCACCAAAGCUCGUGUGGGCUAUGUGGCUCUGGCACUGGCACUGAAAGCUGUGGCUAUUGUUGUGCCUUUCCCUCUGCUGGUGGCACGAUUUGAACACUUCCGAGCCAAGACCAUAGACCAUGCCUAUUGUGCACACAUGGCAGUGGUGGAGCUGGUGGUGGGUAACACACGGGCCAACAACUUGUAUGGGUUGGCACUUUCACUGGCCAUAUCAGGUUUAGAUAUUCUGGGCAUCACUGGUUCUUACGGGCUCAUUGCCCAUGCUGUGCUGCGGCUGCCUACCAAGGAGGCCCGGGCUAAGGCCUUUGGUACGUGUAGUUCCCAUAUCUGCGUCAUCCUGGCUUUCUACGUACCUGGUCUCUUCUCCUACCUCACACACCGUUUUGGUCGCCACACUGUCCCAAAGCCCAUGCACAUCCUUCUCUCUAACAUCUAUUUGCUGCUGCCCCCUGCCCUCAACCCUCUCAUCUAUGGGGCGCGCACCAGGCAGAUCAGGGACCGGCUCCUGGAAACUUUAACAUUCAGAAAAUACAAAUUCUAA